GGCUGGGAGUUUGACAGAGAGAGACUGCGAGCUGGAAGCUCUGUCCAGUGGGAGGGAUAGAGAGAGGCAACGCUGAGCGGCGCGGUUCGCUGUGAUUUUCCCACCUUGGUGUACACCAGCUUGAAUAAAAGUAACGCAGCAACGGAGGACCUUUCUGACGGACAAAUCUCGUCCUUAAAGAUGGCAAAUCUGAUAAACGCUCCGAUUUUCUUUUAAGGGGAAUGAAAUCGUAACACACCAGCGAUAUAACGCGUUCUACAAACAGAGAGCACAGCAGUCGUGGAGAGACACAGGGAGGAUGGGCUCUGUUGGAGCUGAGAGGCGGAAGGGGGGCACGCCUGCCUUGACUCCAGAGGGGAACGUGGUGAUGAGUUUCAGCUUCGAGAGCUACCAGCUGGAGGAGGAGGACUGCAUGGCCAAAGACAUCCCUGACAAGGGGGUCCUCACCUUCACUGAACCUGCGUUUGAAGACCCUGAGCCGGAGGACAGGUAUCACGGGAUCUACUUUGCAAUGCUUCUCGCCGGGGUGGGGUUCCUGCUCCCAUAUAAUAGCUUUAUUACUGAAGUAGACUACUUGCAUCAUAAAUUCCAAGGAACUUCUAUCGUAUUUGAUAUGAGUCUCACUUAUAUCGUGGUGGCCCUGGUGGCUGUGAUACUGAACAAUGCCUUGGUGGAGAUGCUAAGCCUGCACACCAGAAUAACUGUAGGUUAUCUCUUUGCCCUCGGGCCCCUCCUGUUCGUGAGUUACUUUGACAUUUGGCUGGAGAAGUUCACGGUGAAGCAGGCUUACGCAGUUAACCUGGUGGCGGUGGGCGUGGUGGCUUUUGGAUGCACAGUUCAGCAAUCCAGUUUCUAUGGCUACACAGGGAUGCUGCCCAAGCGUUACACACAAGGCGUGAUGACUGGCGAGAGCACUGCCGGGGUGAUUAUAUCCCUGAGCCGCAUCUUCACGAAGCUGCUGAUCUCCGACGAGAAGAUGAACACCAUGACCUUCUUCUGCAUCUCAAUCUCUAUGGAACUCUUGUGCUUCAUACUCCACCUGCUGGUGAGGAGGACCCAUUUCGUGGACUACUACACCAGUCGCUCUAAACAAGGGAUCGCAGAGGUCAGGGGUCACACAGACCCAGGGACAGGCUACCGAGUCCACCAUGACGUCAUUACAGAGGAAGUAAGAUUUAACGGUCCGGUGGGAAUCUCGCCCUCCGAAGUUGGAACGGAGGUGGAUCUGGCUGGCGGUGGCUCGUACGUGAGAUUCGAUGUUCCCAAGCUGAAAAUAAAGAGGAGCUGGCCUUGUUUCAGGGACAUGGUCCUGCACCGUUACAUUGUAUCCCGUGUUAUUUGGGCCUACAUGCUCUCCAUAGGUGUAAUCUACUUCAUCACACUCUGCCUGUUUCCUGGCCUUGAAUCCGAGAUCCGGAACGACACUCUGGGGGAGUGGCUGCCCAUCCUGAUCAUGGCCAUUUUCAACAUGUCCGACUUUGUCGGCAAGAUCCUUGCAGCUUUGCCCUACGACUGGAACGGGACCCGUCUGCUCCUGUGCUCCUGUGUGAGAGUGGUCUUCAUCCCCCUCUUCAUCAUGUGCGUGUACCCCAACGAGAAGCCAGCCCUCAGCCACCCGGCCUGGCCCUGCAUCUUCUCUCUCCUCAUGGGCAUCAGCAAUGGAUACUUUGGGAGUGUGCCUAUGAUCCUGGCAGCUGGGAAGGUCAGCCCAGAGCAGCGAGAGCUGGCAGGCAAUACCAUGACGGUCUCCUACAUGACUGGUCUGAUGCUGGGAUCUGCCGUUGCCUAUGCUGCCUACAGCCUCGCCAGCACCGCGAACGGCAGCUGCUUUCACACUGAAACCAUCAAUGGCUCUUUCACAUCAGGAUACUGAGUGUGCAGAACAUCCCUACCCUGAGAACAUCAGCCGUUACGUUAACAUUGAGGGCGACCGCAGUGUGUUAAGAAGUACAAAGGCCAGUGUAGAUAAUAUUAAACGCAACUCAGUCCCACGGGAGAUUGCUGCCAUUGCCUGGCCUUGUUGUUAUGCGCUAUGGUGCGUGGUGAUGUCAUUCUCCAUUUCAUGUUGCCUGGAAACCAGGAUGUCACUAUUUGUGUAUUGUGUGUGUGUGCAUAGUGACAUUACCUCUUACAAUGUUGCAUCAUGCUGCCUUGCUAUUUUGAUUUCAAGUUUUGGAUAACAGUCAGAGUUUUGCUGAUAACUCAGCAAUCACGAAAGCUAGCUGUGUACUCUAGGAAUAAGCAACAGAAUUUGAGAUUGAUUAAAAUGGAAAAUUAAUCGUUUUUUAACACCAGCAACCAUUUUGCUUCUGCAGACUCCAAAUCUGCAGCAAACCUGAAUUAAAACAAAUGGGCAAAAAUAAAUCCUCACAAAUCCCUACGCCAAUGUGAAAUUGAAUAUUGUGGUUUUCCUGAUUUGAGACGUAAUGAAAAUGAUUACACCCAUUUGGCAUGCAAUUUACGAGGGGAAGGCAUGGAUAAAAAAAAAAAAAAAAAAAACUUGUAACAGGAGGUCCCCGGUUCAAAUCCCAGCUCAGUCACUGACUCACUGUGUGUUACCCUGUGCAAGUCGCUUAACCUACUUGUGCUUUGUUUUUCAGGUUGUUAUAAGUGGUUCUGCAGCUGAUGCAUAGUUCACACACCCCUAGUCUUUAAGUUGUCUUGGAUAAAGGCAUCUGCUAAAUAAUAAUAUAGACCAGGCUUUAAAAAGGGGGAGGGAAAAGGUUGAACAGAAUAAGACUGGUGUAUUAGCCAAGUGAACAGUAUGGUAGAUUUUCAGAUUGGAUACUGUACAGUAUCAGAUUGGAUACUUUCAAGGCUGGCCCGCAGUGAGUGGAAAUAUUGAAACCAGCAGCAGUUUAACAUCCCAUGAAAGUAAAGAUCUUGUGGAAUGAGCUUCAGAAUUAGAAACUGAGCCACCAUCCUUGUUUGUGAUAUUUUAUUCCCCUUUCAAAAGCGCUAGCACACUACGGCGCUCUCCAUGCCUGUCUUCAACUUUCCGUUUAGCUGUCAGUCUUGUGAUGUUUUUAUAACGCUUGGAUUGUGCGGGCUGAAAUGACCGUGUCCACGGUUCACUGUAAAAUGUGGAAUUAACAUCAAACUUCAUGAAAGUAAGAACGCUGUAGGUCUUUCUAAUACCACUCAGCUGCUUUGAAUACUCUCCGAACCUUAAUAACAUCAGUACUAGGUUAAACAGAUUCAUUCUGCAAGGUUCAUUACAGUAAAUUGAUGUGUGACGGAGUGGGCUUACCAAUUUAUAUAAAAUGUUGCGUUCUAAAAGAAUUAGUGUAAUUACAUUGAGCUCAGCCGGUACUUGAGUUAAAUAGGGUGUUGCUCUCAUCAGAGCUCUUUCCUGAGAGAUUGGACUGAGAUUUAUAAAUCUGUGCAUGGCAAAGGCAUUCCUAGACCCCAUUGCACUAAUCAAAGAGCUGGAUUCAUGCAGGGUCCCUCAAGUUGCAAAUUAGCAUGCCCUGAAGAUGAUUCAUGCCAUCCUCUCUGCUUGCCCCCCAAUAGUCUGUCAUGGUAGAUUUGCACUACCAUGCUUGUAUCCUAUGCUUAUACUGUGCAUUAAAGUCUGUUUUAUGCGGUGUUUUAACUAUGCUCACUACCUCACUGUGAUUACACAUGCUUUUGCUGUGCUUUACAACUCUUAUGCUACAGUACACUUUUAUCAGUUAAAAAUGGUAAAAACACAUUUUUUUCAUUCAUUCUGGUUGUGGCCACUAGUUAUGGAAUGGCAUAUGUAACCCACAAGCCUAUAGAUAGGUGAAGUUCUACAGUAAAGCAGUAACAGUUAAGCCAGACACUGUUUUAUUUUAAAUGUAUUAAUUACAGUAAUAUAAUCCACAUCUUAUUUUAGGGGGGUAGUUUUUAAUAUUUUCUUUUUGUCCUGUGGCUUGCUCAUGACAGAUGAACUGGAAAUGUAAAUACAAACCCUAAUAUUUUCCUUCUGCCAAACUAUACUUUUCAAGUGCCAGUCUGUAACAUGGGGGGAAAAAAAAACACAGUAACUUACCGAGGUGAGUUUUGCUGAUUGGCAAAUGAGUGAUGAGCGGUUGAUAGGUUAGCACUGGGCAAACACAGGCAUCCGUGUUUGUUAAAUACCUUCCUGUUUAAAUAAGCACAGUAUAUUUACUUUAGAACGUAUUCCUGGUUAAAAAAUGAACCCACAUUCAGAAGAGCCUGGUCAUUUUGAUUUGUAUUCACGGGUCAUCUUGUCCUGUAUGUGCUGCCUUGUUUUGUCAGCUUUAUUUUGCCGUGGUUUAUUUAUUUAUUUGUUUGUUUGCUAAAUGAAAUGAAAUGGUUUUGUAUUGCUUGUACAGGCACAUCUGUAAAGGCGUCUUGGGAGUGUUUAAGUCUGUUUUUGUUAUUUAAGGGCAACACACACACACACACACUGACACACACACACAAACACAC